UGGCAAUGCCCAAGUCCCACGUUGGAGCUCUCCCAGGCCCGUGUUACAACAYGGCAGGUGCGAGGUUUGCGCUGGGCCAGGAGAACCCAGCCUUUCUGUGUCGCUGACCUCCUGUCCUGGCCAAGGGGCGAGCACGGGGACCUUCACCCCCGGCCGGGAGCAGUGCAAGGGCAGUGGCAGAGCAGAGUUCGACCGCCSCCUGCGCGCUGCUCAGUCCUGGUUUUUCCUGUGCUCUGAGAAGCCGUCCCCGUGGCCACUGCUCCAUGGUGACGGAUGAGGAUGGAUGCUGGGACAGCUGGGAUCGUCGUCACGAUUUUCCUCUUCUCCGUCUUGUGUUUCCUGGUCUGGAAAAAUGASAGGAAGAGGAGCCAGCUCCCUCCUGGACCGACCCCAUGGUCCAUCCUGGGCAACCUAUGGCAAAAAGAUGUCCUGCCCCUUUACUUGUCCCACRAGAAGCUCAGGGAGAAGUACGGCCCCGUGUUCACCAUCUGGCUGGGACUGAAGCCCGCGGUGGUGCUCUGCGGGUACGAGGUGGUGAAGGAUGCUCUGCUGGGUCAUGCRGAGGAGUUCGGAGGGAGACCUGAAAUACCCCUUCAGGUCCAGGUAUCAAAAGAUUACGGGUUUGUCUCCACCAAAGAGAAGAAGUGGCGGGAGCUGCGCAGGUUCACGCUCAGCACCCUGCGGGACUUUGGGAUGGGGAAGAACACCAUGUCGCAGCGCGUGCAGCAGGAGGCCCAGCAUCUYGUGGAGCUGCUGGCAAGCUUCAAAGGUGAGGCCUUUGAGCCCAUGAUAAAUUUCAGACAUGCAGUUGCUAACGUGAUUUGCUCCGUUGUCUUCGGGAGCCGCUACAGCUACAGCGAUACAGCCUUCCUGGAGCUCCUGGCCAUGAUUGCAAAUUACAUCAGUUUUUUCCUCUCCCCUCUUGCGAUGGUGUACAACACCUUCCCCAACAUCAUGCACCACCUCCCCGGGCCUCACCACAAAGCCUUGGCCGAAUGCGAGAAGCUCAAGGACUACAUCCAGGAAAGAGUGGAGCGCCACAAGCAGAGCCUGGAUCCCAGCUCUCCCCGGGACUACAUCGACUGCUUCCUCAUAAAGGCGGAAAAGGAGAAGAGCAGCCUGGAGAGCAGCAUGUACAGCAAUGAAGACCUGGUCAUGUCAGUAUUCAAUCUCUUUGGUGCUGGCACGGUAACCACUAGCAAUGCCCUGGUCUUCUUCCUCCUGGUGCUGACUAAACAUCCCCAUAUUCAAGCUAAGGUCCAGAAGGAGAUCGACACCGUGGUGGGAGCGGAUCGUGCUCCCAGCACGGAGGACAGGCUGAGGAUGCCCUACACUAACGCCGUGAUCCACGAGCUGCAGCGCUUCCAGAAGUCCCGAAUCGAGAACUUCCCUCGCAUGACAACRCAGGACGUCAAGUUCUGGGGCCACAACAUCCCCAAGGACACAGCUGKUAUUCCAAUAUUUUCUUCGGUGCAUAGAGAUCCAGAGCAGUGGGAGAACCCCCAAAACUUUGACCCACGCCACUUCUUGGAUGAGAAAGGCGAAUUCAGGAAGCGCGAAGCCUUCAUGGCUUUCUCUGCAGGAAAGCGGAUGUGCCCAGGAGAGGCGCUGGCCAGGAUGGAGCUCUUCCUCUUCCUCACUACGCUGCUGCAAAACUUCACCUUUGAGCUCGACAUCGAGUCUGAGGAGAGGGAUAUUUUUGCCCUGUGGGUGGAGAUAGAGAGACAGGCAAUACCAGGCAAAUUCCUCGCCAUACGGCGGCGGGCAUGUUCUUAAGCAGAAAGCAAAGGGCGGGAGGAGGUGGCCUCCCCGCGCGCUCAAUCGUCCAGCAAGCAACGAGCUGUGCUAAUUAGAUCUGUGCAGAAGUCCCAAAGAAGGAGGGCUGUUGUGGGCCAGGCCUGCGCUCGGAGGAAGGCUGUUUGGCUCAGGACACCUCCAUGGGUAUCCUGGUUCCCAAUCUUAGUUGUCCCGCGUCCCCGUCACCCGAGGAAGACGGUGCUGGUUUUUCUCCCUGGUUGCCCUUGGCUCUGGCCUGACGCCGAGCUCCUUGAAGGGCUGUUGCUUUGACUGCCCAUGUGUGGCAAUACCUCAUUUCGGUCCGAGAUUGCGAGUGCUUCUGUAAU